UCUUCUCUGCCAAAUUCUGUACGAGAAGUGAAGAGAGUUGAAAGACAAAAUGAAGAGGAUUUUCGUAGCUUUUAUGUUGGUGUUUGCUCUUCUUUUGACAUCCUCCUUUCUUGAAACCGCAACGGCCAAAUCAGUGUACUGUGCCCGCAAAUGCAAGGCUCGGUGUUCCAAGGCAGGAGUGAAGGAUCGAUGUGUGAAAUACUGCGAGUUGUGCUGUGCAAAGUGCAAAUGUGUUCCUACUGGGACUUAUGGCAACAAGCAUCAGUGCCCUUGUUAUAGGGACAUGAAAAACUUUAAGGGAAAGCCUAAAUGUCCUUAAAAAUAAAACCAGAUUUCUUCUCCUGCUUGUGUACCUAAAAGUAUUUUUACUAGUAUUUAGUUCGAGUAACAAGACUUUUUUGUGUUUGUUAAACUUCCUGAAUAAAUGAGCUCC